AGGAGGCUGAGGCGGAAGGAUACGCGGUGACGUCACCAGCCGGAGGCUCCUAUUCUCCGCUGCGGUGAGGCGGAUCAGUCGGUCCAACGCUCUGCAGCAUCAUGGCACCCAUCGGAUUAAAGGCGGUGGUCGGAGAAAAGAUUAUGAACGAUGUCAUCAAGAAGGUGAAGAAGAAGGGAGAAUGGAAGGCUCUGAUCGUGGACCAGCUGAGCAUGAGGAUGUUGUCCUCCUGCUGUAAGAUGACGGACAUCAUGACCGAGGGCAUCACCAUUGUGGAGGACAUCAACAAGCGACGAGAGCCCCUCCCCAGCCUGGAGGCCAUUUACCUGAUAACACCCACGGAGAAGUCUGUCCACACGUUCAUUGCCGACUUCAAAGAUCCCCAUUCGGCUAAAUACAAGGCAGCCCAUAUUUUCUUUACUGACUCUUGUCCUGAUCCGCUCUUCAACGAGCUGGUUAAGAGCCGGGCUUCUAAAGUGAUCAAGACUCUGACGGAGAUCAACAUCGCCUUCUUGCCCUACGAGUCUCAGGUGUACUCUCUGGACAACCCAGACGCCUUCCACAGUUUCUACAGCCCCCAUAAGACCCAGCUGAAGAACCCGGUGAUGGAGCGGCUGGCCGAGCAGCUGGCCACGCUCUGCGCCACCCUGAAGGAGUACCCCGCUGUCCGAUAUCGAGGGGAGUAUAAGGACAACGCCACUCUGGCCCAGCUGGUUCAGGACAAACUCGAUGCCUACAAGGCCGACGAUCCCACCAUGGGAGAGGGUCCUGAUAAGGCUCGCUCACAGCUGAUCAUCCUGGACCGAGGCUUCGACCCGGUGUCACCCGUCCUACACGAGCUCACCUUCCAGGCCAUGGGCUACGACCUGCUGCCCAUCGAAAACGACGUCUACAAAUACGAGACCAGCGGUAUCGGAGACUCUCGUGUGAAGGAGGUUCUGCUGCAUGAAGACGAUGAUCUGUGGGUGAGCCUGAGACACAAACACAUCGCCGAGGUGUCCCAGGAAGUAACGCGCCAACUGAAGGAGUUUUCCUCCAGUAAGAGGAUGAACACCGGAGAGAAGACCACAAUGAGGGAUCUGUCCCAGAUGUUGAAAAAGAUGCCUCAGUACCAGAAGGAGCUCAGCAAGUACUCUACUCACCUGCAGCUCGCCGAGGACUGCAUGAAGCACUACCAGGGGACGGUGGACAAGCUGUGCCGCGUGGAACAGGAUUUGGCGAUGGGCACAGACGCUGAAGGAGAGAAGAUCAAAGACCCCAUGAGGGCCAUCGUGCCCAUCCUGCUCGACGCAAACGUCACCACGUACGACAAGAUCCGCAUCAUCCUGCUCUACAUCUUCCUCAAGAACGGCAUUACAGAGGAGAACCUGAACAAACUGAUCCAACACGCUCAGAUUCCUCCAGAGGACAGUGAGAUCAUCACCAACAUGGCCAACCUGGGCGUCCCCAUCGUCACAGAUUCCACCCUGCGCAGAGGGAAGAAGCUGGACAGGAAGGAGCGUGUCAGCGAGCAGACCUACCAGCUGUCCCGUUGGACACCCCUGAUCAAGGACAUCAUGGAGGAUGCUAUUGAGGAUAAGCUGGACACGAAGCACUACCCUUACAUCUCCACUCGCUCCUCUGCCUCUUUCAGCACCACUGCAGUCAGUGCUCGAUAUGGACACUGGCACAAAAACAAGACACCUGGAGAGUACCGCACUGGUCCACGAGUCAUGGUCUUCAUCAUCGGCGGUGCAUCCUUCAGCGAGAUGCGCUGCGCCUACGAAGUCACACAGGCUAAUGGGAAGUGGGAGGCUGUCAUUGGCUCGACCCAAAUCUUCACUCCCACCAGCCUGCUGGAGCAGCUCAAAGCCAUGAACAAACCAGACGAGGAAGUGACGAGCUAAAAUCCUUCUCGCACAUCCAAACUCAUCUUACCUUCACAUCUUUCCCAACCCAAUCCAAUCCAUCAGCUGUGUAUGCAUCUUGCUUGAGGGGGGCAAAUUAAAAAAAGAGAUCUUAAAAGAUAAAAAAAAAUAUAUAUGUUAUAUCAAAGAUAAACAUGUUGCAAGUAUUCUCAUGUUUUACAAUGGAUGCAACUAAAUAAACUUGUUUAAAAAUAUUAAAAGGCCACUUAAAAAGGAAAAUACCAAAAUGUCAUACUGUAUAUGAAUCCUGCUAGAAAGUGCAAAAAGGUAGAUGUUUUCUCCUCUUUAUUCCUUUGGCGCAAGUUUUAUUGUAAAAAGGUAGAAGUGGAGAUGUGCACUUUGAGAGGUUCAUAUUGUAAAAUAUAUCAUGCAAUAUAAAAUAUGAAUACAUUUAUUUCAUCGGAGAGGAGGAGCGCUUACCACCCAUUUGAGAUGUUUGUAUUCAGUAGCAUGCUUGGACUGUUCUGUGUUUGUAUCAAGUGUGGGUGUUCUGAGCGCGGCGGAGUUAGCAUUUAGCUCCUGAGACGCCAACGGUGAAUUCUUCACCAACAACUUUGGUUUUAAGUAUCAAAUAAAUAAGAAAAAUGCUUUGAUUCUUUUUUAAACAACUCAGUUUUCAUAUUAUACACACACAAAUAAUUUAAAUCACUCAUUUUCUUUUUAAAAUGCCGUUUGCUUACUGACGUUAGCAGAAUUAGCUCAUUAGCUGCUAGCUAAUGAAGCUAGUCAAUUUAUUAACAAUUAUGGUUUUAAGUAUAAAAUAAAAAGUGCUUUGACUCUUUUUUUAAACUCAGAUUUCAUAUUGUACACUCAAAUUAAAUAAUUUUCUUUUAAAAACACUGUUUGCGUACUCACAUUAGCAGAAAUAGCUAAUUAGCUGCUAGCUAAUGAUGCUAAUCAAUUAUUCACCAACAACUUUGGCUUUAAGUAUAACAUUUUAAAAAAAGUGCUCUGAAACUUUCUUAAACCACUUGGUUUUUAUGUAAUAUAUUCACAAAUAAUUUAAAUCUCUUAUUUUAUUUUAAAAAUGCUGUUUGCUAACUGACAUUAGCAAAACUAGCUAGUUAGCUGCUAGCUAACAAAGCCAGUCACUUUCUGUUUCUGACAUAAACUGAACAUAUUAAACACAACGUGGAUUUAAAAAAGAUUAAAUGCUUACAAAAGUUGCUUCCUUUGUAUUGAAACUCUGGCACAACAAUUUCCUGCGGGAUCGAUAAAGUUUUAUCUUAAUCGAUAUUCUGAUAGUUCAUUAAUUUUACUUAACUGCUGAGACUUAAAACAAGUUGUUGGACAAAGUCUUCACCCAAAAAUGCUCGGUUGAGAAAAGUAAAUUUUAAAACAAAAAAUUUUAUUUAAAAAAAGUUACCGGUACAUAUAAAAUAAAAUCAUCCCUACUUUGAUUGCCCCCGUUGUAUUUUCCUGCAUCAACCUUUCAGAAAAGGAAAACGACGUUUUGUUGUUAACGAGGCUUGCUGAUAUUCAAUUAAAAAAAAGGUCUGGUUGUAUUUCAGUAUUGUAUUCUGUCAGAUUAAGGUCUUAUUGUUGGUUAGUAAUGUUUAUCGGGCCAUGCACUGAAUAGUGUUGUGUAUUCGCCAUAUGUUGCUGUUUUAGUGUCUUACUGUUGAAUGGUGACUUUUUAAACACUGUGCAGUAGUGAAACUUUUAUUUUAAAUGCCAACGUGAAGCCAUCGUGUUUGUGAUGUUUUAGCUGCAGUCGUUAGUGGUCAACCAAGUAAAAUAUAUUUUCUUUGUUUUCUCCUCUGGUGCAAUGUAACCCCGACCCCAGUGGUGAAUGGCUUUGCAAGAUAAAAACUAUACCUAGACCACAUUUCUUCCUUCCCUUGCCUUUCUCCUGGCCAAACAAGUUGUUUUUUGCACUAUAACGCAUUUUCUGUGAUGCAAACACUGGAGUUUUCUUUUUAUAUAUAGAAUUUGCUGUUGUAAAGAGUUUAUUCUGCCAAACCAUUUGAUUUAUAUCUAUUAUUUAUCAGAAAAAAACAACAUAAAUCUGUCCUACAACUGUCUUACAUAUUGGGAUUGUAUGUUUGCGAGUGUUGAAGCACAAACAGUACUUCCAUGUGUACCUAAUAUGUCUAAGGCUGUCUAAUAAAUUAGCUUCCAUUAUA